AUGGACAUAUUUAAAAAGAAGUUCGAAGAAGAUCUUAGGAGUAAAGUUAAUGCAAAAAGAGCAACUAACGUCAGAGAUUAGUAGUUCAUUUUUAAAAAAUUCAAGCAUUAUGAUAUCUAAAACACUGGAACUGUAGAUUUCAAAGUCUUUUUGAGUGUAAUGGAAGGUUGUGGCGUAAACAUAACAAAUAAAAAACUCAUCCAAGAAGUGUACAACUCGUAUUUAUAGGAUAAUCAAUAACUUAAUUAUUAGAGCUUUAUUUCCUAAAUAUUUGGAAAAUUUUAAGAAGAAGGCAUUUAGAUCGAAGAUAGAUCAUUAUCUCCAUUUAGAGGAAGAAAGACUUUUAACAACAAAGACAAUUCUUUUCUAAAUUUCAAUUAAAGUGAUGCAAAAGAGAAUUAAAGGGAUGAAAAAAAUAUACUAGCAAAAUUUUAGAAACAGUUAAAAGCUAAAGGAGAUUUAAAUGAUGCUAUGAACAUUUUAAAAUAAUUUAUUGAGCUAGACAGCACAGGAAAAAGAUAAGUCAGUGAAAAUCAUUUUGUGAAGAUAAUAAAGAACCUGCAAUUGAAUUUAACAGAAAAUGAUAUUAAGUCUUUGUAUUCAUAAUAAUUAUUUUGGAAAAAUAGAUAAUUUAUUUACGACUAGUUCAUUCAAAGUGUAUUUAGUCCUAUAGAUCAAUACAGAAAGCAGCUUAUUUCAGAUAUGUUUUAUUAAUUAGAUAUUUAACAAACAGGAUUCAUAGAUAUUGAGUAUAUAAUAGAUUAGUUUGAUCCUUCUAAAUAACCAGAUGUUAUCAAUAAUAAAAAGACUGUCAAAUAAAGUUUGUAGGAUUUUCUUAGAUAUUUUAAUAUAUUUUGCUAGUUUAGAGAGAAUUCUAAAAGCAAGAGCUUUUCUUUUUAAGAAUUUUUGGAUUUCUACUAAAUAGUUUCUUACUUUAUUGAGGGCGACUAAGAAUUUUAACAAAUGAUGUCCUUUGGCUGGAAAUUUGUAUAAAUUUAGGAAGAGAAAAUGUUUAGUAGUUAAAUGGAAUAUAAUUUUGAAAAAAAUAGAGAAAGUGCAAGAUAAAAUGAAAUCGAAGAGAGAAAAUAAGACAAUAUUUUAAAUUUGACUAAACAGUUUAACGAAUUUACAUCAAACGAGUAACAAGAAAAUAUUUUAAGCAAAGAUGCUGAUGAGAAAAAAUAGCAAAAUUCUAAGAAUAAUAUUUACCCUUAACAAAUGCAAAAAUCAGAUAUCUUCAAUUUGAAUACUGAAGAAACUUAAAAUAGAUAACAUAGAUUUAUGAAAAACUACUCUAGAAGUCCUAUAACUAACAGAUAUAAUAUCAUCAACCAUGCUGAUUAAGACAGAGAUAAUUCAAAUAUUGAGAAAAAGCAUUCAAAAAAAAUGAAUAUUUCACCUAUUUCUAAAAACAAUAUUUUUACAAACAACUAAGAAGAUAACUACGAUUAUUCUAAGAAAAAAAGAGACUUUGAUAUUUUAAAAAGUGAGAUAAACAACAUACUGACUCAUGAAAAUAAUACAGCUGGUAUUUAAUAGGUUCAGAAAAAAGUAGCUAAAUCUCCUUUCUAAAGAGACUCUGGAAAUAUACUUUCUCAUCAAUACGAAGAUUCAAACUAAAAUAUUUUAAAAAAAUCAGGUAAGAAAUAAGUAUAUGGAUCUCCACAAAGUCAAAGAUAUAAUAUUAUAUCAAAUAUUAAUCAAAAAGAAUAAAUAAAUUAAGAUUUAAACUUUUUGGAGUAAUCAAUUAAACAUAAUUAAAAUACUAUAAAAUAAUCAGAACAGAAUAUAUUUAAUCCGAAUGGAUCUAUUUAAAAUUAGUUAUAACUGAACAAAAAAGCAGAAGAAAUAAAUUAGAAUGAUAGAAUUAGUUCAUAACGAUAUGGCUAAUUUUAUACUCCAGGAAAAUAGUUUAUUUAAAGCUAACAACAAUCUAAUAAAUAGGAAGAAAUUAGUCAUAAUGAAAAAAUUGCUUCAUACAGAUAUGAAAAUUCAAACUAAGAAAAGAAAGGUAAGAGAUGUGUGACUCCUCAAAGAGAGACUGGCUAUAAUAUAAUCAGCAAUCAAUCUAAUUAGCAGAAUUUUAAUACUCCUAAAAGACAAAAUUAUAUUAAUAACGAGAAUAACUAAGUUAAAUAGAAUUUAACAUCCACUCCUUAAAACAACUUAAAUGAAAGAACAUUAACUAAAAUAAAAUAAGAAAGGGAAUAAGAAGAAGCAAAAAUGAAUAAAUAAAGUAUUUGUGUUAGCCAAUUCUUAAAAAAACUUGCAGAGAGAGGUCCAAGAGGAUUUAUUAAUUUCUGGAAUAAAAUUGAUAAAAUUAAUUAAUAGCAAGGAAACGCUAAUUGUGAUUUCUAAUAAUUUUAAUAAUUGAUGUAAACAAGCAGAUUCGAUUUCAGUUUGGAAGAGUUAGAAUUUAUUUUCAGUAAUUUCGAUAAAGAUUAAACAAAGUAAGUAAACGGUCACGAUAUCCUUAAGUUUUUUAGGGGAAAAGGAUUAAGCAAAGCAAGACAAGCCAGCAUAACUAAAGUCUAUAACUCAAUUAAUCAAUUUUAAUAAAAUCUACCUUCUUAUCAGAAAAUACUUGACUCUUUCAAACCGAAAAACUGUCCUGAUGUAAGAAAAGGAAAACUAGCCUCAGAACAUCUCCUAAUUGAUUUUGUAGAUAAUUUCGAAAGACAUCAUGAACUUUAUAGUUAAGGCUAGAAUUUACAAAACAUUGAUAUGAAUGAAUUUGUUUCGUUAAUGAGUUUAUAUAGUUUACAAUUUGAAGAAGAUAAUUAAUUUGAAAAUUUUUUAUUUUAAUCUUUUGCUGUAUGA